AAAAACUCAAACGCAAUAUAAGCCUGAUGAAUAUUUUCACGUUAAUGUAUUCAACGGUUGUAUCCCCUCAAAAACUCAAACGCAAUAUAAGACAAUUCAAACCUUCCCUAUAUAUAGGGCAAAGAUGUGUACAAAAUACCCCACUAAUUUAGCUUUAUAACACCAAUAAUUAAUAAUCAUACACAUUCAUGUCCUAUUUCAGAGGAGUUCAAUUUAAAACUAAGAAAAUAAUCUUAACUUUGACCAAGUAAGAAGGUGUCCAUCCAACCUUUCCCUUUCAAAAGUCUCCUCAUCACCUCUUUAAAAAAACCUUCCAAUUUUUUCUUAACAAAUCAAAAUCACAUGAACCCACACACUUUACUCUCACUUGCUUCUUAAAUUUUCCAUUAUUUUCCCCAAUUUUUUCGCUUCCCACAUUCUUUCUCUUUGUUGGUUAUUUUUUCUCUUCCAAAUUAUCCCCAAAUCUCCUUUCUUGUUCCUUGUUUGGAUGAAUUUACACCCAACAAAAUCUGGGAUUUUGAGAGAUUAAUUUUUCUGGGUAACUUGAAUUUUUAAUUGAUUGAUUAAUCAUGCCAUCUUUAUGGAAGAAACAGAAAGGGAAUCGGAUUUCUCGGCUUGUUGCCGACUUCCAAACAGGGCCUAAACGAGGUGGGUCCCUCGUUGUUGAAACUGGGUUUCCAACUUCUUUGAUUGAUCUGUUUGUUAAGAAUCGUGAUAAAUUGAAGAAACCCAAAUCAAAGCAUCACAAAUCUAAGAAGAAGAAGAAAGCAAAUGAAGAAGAUGUUGAUGAACAACACCGUUUUCCAAAUUUGCCCUCGGUGAGUGAUUCUUCUGUUUCUGGGUUUGAUUUUGAUGCUUCCAGUUGCUCAGUUGUUGAAAAUUGUCAAGAAAACGUUGCUCAGAUUGAUAAAAACGGUUUAUUUGUUGAUGAUUGUGUUGCCCAUGAAAACCCUGUUAUAGAUAUGCAUCAUCAUCAUGAUUCUUGUGAAAAUGGUAGUGAUGAGGAAAGAAGAGAGGUUUUCAAGGUUUCGAAUUCGAGUUUUUUGGUUUUGUUGUCAAUUGUAUUGGGAACGGUUAUUUUUGCUGUUGUGUUAUAUACUAAACGGUGGUUUCUUGCGUUGAUCACUUUGGGGUUUCUGUUGUUGAUGUUGUUAGAAUAUGUUGGUAAACCGUGUUUCGGGUUGUUGAAACCGUGUGAGAAUGUUGUUUCAAUGUCGAUUUUGAAGGGGGCUUUGGUUGUUGGUGUAGCCCUGUAUACAAAGUGGUUUGUUGUGGGGAUUACAAUUGGUGCUUCGUUAUUGAUUUUAUUGGAAUACGCCGGAAACUCGGCUUGUGCGUUGUUUAAGCCUUGCCAAGAUGUUAAGAGGAAGUUGCAAGGAAUUUUGCCACAUUGGUGUUUUUCUAAACAAAGGAGGGAGUUAGGGGUAAGAAGUGGGAGAAGGGUAGUGUUGACAAGGUCUCUUCUUAUUGGUUCGAGGAGGGAAGUUCGUAAAGGAGGAGAUGAUGAUCGUUUUACAAGUAGUGAUUCCGAUCAAGAUGAAGUUGAAAGUGAAGAUAUAUCGAGUAGGGGAUUCGAGCCAAAAGUUGGGAGUGAUCAUGCUUCGAAUAAGGAUGAUGAGCGAACAUUUGAUGAUGGAGAAGUUAUUUCUUCCAAGGGGGAAAUCGAGCAAGGUAGUGGGGAUAGUAGCACCCUUGUUAACAAGAAUUCUCUGUUGGUUGAGGAAGAAUCACAAAACAAGCCCAUGUAUAAAAUCUUAGACCAUGAAUUGAAAGAUUCCAAAUACCCGAAGAGCUUAAACCUCAGUGGUCCUGUUAGAUAUAGUGACCUGGUAGCGGAGAAAAGAGCCAUAGAAGGAAGAGAAAAGGGGUGUGAAGACUCCAAUUUGUCUGAAUUGGUUAAUCAUGAUGUUAAGUGUAAGAAAAACAAGAAGUUUUGGAAGAAAUUUGUACCCAAGAAAAUGCAUAAGAAAAAGAUGCAUAAACACGAAAAAGAAAACAAUGCAGCCUAUACUCCUGAUGGUAGUCAAGACACUGAAACUGAUUUGGAGGAGGAUGAUGGACAAGAAGAGUGCGAGCAGGAAAUAAGCGAGGAAGAGGGAUCAACAACAUCAUCGGUUGAGGAAGAUGAGUGUGGAGUUGACGAUUUGGAGGUUGCAAAUACUUGCUUGACUGAGAUGUUACAGCUUGAUAACAAACUCUCUAAACCCUGUGAAAUGGUCAAGGAAAGAUAUGGGAACUUGAAGUACUUGACUACUAUGAUGAUUCCACUCACUGGUCUUAUAGGAGGCCGGAUGUUUGCCGUUGGAUUAACUGUAAUCUGCUGUCUGGUGUUCAAGAUGGCAAGAGGCUAAGUCCAACGUCCAAUUCAUGUUAUUAUACAUUACCUUAUGAAGUUUCGAUGUAACUUAAUUUUCAUUUUUGAUUUGAUUCAGAUGUGGUUUUCUCCUUAUCUUCUGAUAUUAGAGAAGGUGCAGGUUUAUGCGCAUCCUAUGUGAAAUUGUACUUAGAUAUAAGUAUAAUUUUACAAACAAAUCUUAAUCAUUGUAAACACAAAGAUAGUGUUAAUAAUUGAAGGCCAAAGUUUGGCUCAUACAUUGAAACAUCAGAUUCU